ACUCCCUUCUUGUGUGCAGCUCGGGGCCUGUGGUGCUGGGCGGUGCCUUGCACCAGAGACCAGCCCGUGAGUCGCUCUGUGCUCGGGGGGCUGGAUGCUGUGAACGAGGCAGGGGCCACACAUGGGCAUAUGAGGAUCCCUAGAACUAGUGAGCCGCGGCUUGGUGUCCGUGGGGCUGGAAGCCCAGCGCGCAGGGCCAGGAUUCUGGGUAGGGGAAACUCUGGGAUCUGGGAGAGAAUCUCUGCCCGGGGACCCCAGGGCUGAGUGAGUGCCCGUGUCUGGCUCUCACAUCCUGUCUCCUGUGCACAGAGCCCAGCUUACCCAGACCCUCCAUCUCUCUGAGCCCCACUGGGGUCACUGCCCCAGGGGCAGAUGUCACCAUCCGGUGUCAGGGGCAGCACUGGGACAUGACGUUCUUCCUGCACAAGGCUGGAGACUUGAACCCGCAGAGGCACAUGGACCCUGCUGGGGCCGGGGCCGAGUUCCGCAUCCCCACCGUGGGUCGGCAGCAUGGAGGGAACUACAGCUGCAGCUACCAGAACCGAUCAGAGCCCUUCGUCUUCUCGGAGCCCAGUGACCCCGUGGAGCUGGUGGUAGCAGAUCCCUCUCUGUCCAAGCCCAUCAUCAGCCCCAGCGGGGAGGUCUCCCUGGGUGGAGCUGUGUCCAUCUGGUGUUGGGGGAAGGGCCAGGGCGUGCGGAUCGUGCUGAAUAAAGGGGGACGCCAUGUUGCACACGUGGAUACGGAGAAGUCGGUGUUUGAGUUUCCCAUCAAAAACGUGCGCCGGGAGCAGAGCGGGAACUAUAGCUGCUCCCAUCACAGCAGGUCGGAGCCGUUCGUCAGGUGGAGCGACUCCGUGGAGCUGGUGGUGAGAGGGUAAGGACCAGCGCUGAGACAGAGCAGAUGAGACCCCAGCUCUGCUUCCCACCCCAAUCUACCUGCCCUAGGAUUCAGGACUCCGGGGUUCUCUCCCCGGCUCGGGAUGGGAAGUGGUGUCCAGUGGUUACACCAGGGGGGCGAGGAGGUUUUAAUGUUGUACUUUUUAGUUAUUUUCCUAAUGAUAGGUUGAUUCUCAUUAGUUGAUAACCAUUAAAAAUGUUGAUUUGCAACUAAAUAUAGUCUUUAUAAAUCUGGUGCUUUUUCUUUUGCUAACCAUGAUGGCCAACUGUAUCUAUCCACAUUG